GGUGUGUUUGAUCCAAGAGGCACAGAAAAGUUUGGAGCGGAUUUUUUUCCUGGCGUCUGACCCGCAGCAGCAGCAGCAGCAGCAGCAGCAGCAUCCGUAGAGAGAGCAUCAUGGCAAAUAAAGCACAGCAGCCUCCUCACCUGCACCUGGCCGAGGUCACCGCGUCCCAGUUCCUCGACAUUUGGAAGCAUUUCGACGCGGACGGCAAUGGCUACAUCGAGGGGAAGGAGCUGGAGAACUUCUUCAGGGAAUUGGAGACGGCCCGGAGAGGAGCAGGAGUGGACCCAUCUAACCCCACAUUCAGAGAAAAGAUGAAGGAGUUCAUGCAGAAGUUCGACAAGAACAAAGAUGGACGAAUUGAGAUGUCAGAGCUGGCCCAGAUUCUCCCAACUGAAGAGAACUUCUUGCUCUGCUUCAGACAGUUUGUCAGCUCCAGUGCCGAGUUCAUGGCGGCAUGGCGGCGAUAUGAUACAGAUCGCAGUGGCUACAUUGAAGCAAAUGAAUUGAAGGGCUUCCUAUCAGACCUGCUGGAGAAGGCUAACAGACACUACGAUGACCAGAAGCUCCAGGAGUAUACACAGACCAUACUCAGGAUGUUUGAUCUGAAUGGAGAUGGGAAGUUGGGCCUGUCAGAGAUGGCAAGGCUUCUCCCUGUUCAGGAGAAUUUCUUACUCAAGUUCGAGGGCGUCAAGUUGACCAGUGAGCAGUUCAAUGCCAUCUUCACAUACUAUGACAAGGAUGGGAAUGGCUACAUCGAUGAGCAGGAGUUGGACGCCCUGCUACGAGACCUCUACCAGAAAAACAAGAAGGAGGUGGAUGUGAAGAACCUGACGGGCUACAAGCAGAGCAUCAUGAGCCUGUCUGACGGAGGGAAGCUCUACCGCGGCGAGCUGGAAAUCGUCCUCUGCAGGGAGCCGAUUGUGUGACUCUUCCUCCUCUCUUGUUGUGUAUCUUAAUUUUCUCUGCCUGCCCUGCCUUGCUCUCCCGUGAUCACACCCACUUUCAGCUGCCUGGCAACAUAUACCAGGUGCAUGUGCCAGACACCCCCACCUGCCCCUCCCCAAAUUUCAGAAUGAAUGAUAAGUGCACUGUCAGCACGCAACAGCUCUUCUUCCCUUAAACCCUUAUUUUCUGAAAUCUGACCUCUCUACCAUGACCAUGACCUGUCUAAAACCUUUUGCUUUUCACGUUCUUAACUGUCCCAUAUGUCCUAAACCUCCCUGACCUCAUCCCUGCCCAUGCUGUGGCUGACUUGCAACUCCUGGCCAAAAGACCGACCCCAUCAUUCCACUGAGAUGACCUCUUGACCCGUUGAUAACCCUCAACCCUUGACCCUGGCUUUAUUGACCCCUCCGUUCCCCUGCUCUUACAACUUUGCAUUAGAUACGAUAUAUAGUCAAAGAAAACUACAGACAGCUGUAUUUGAAUUUAUCUAAUUUAUAGUCUGUGAUGGAACUGGUAUUGAUUUUUCCACCUGUUCUCCACCAUUGUCCUGAAGCCCUCUGGUUCCAUUGCCAUCAUAUGAUUUGGAUUUUCAAUGUUUGUUUUUGGCUGAUACUGUCAAUUGAAAAUAUAAAUAAACUGUCUUAACAUAAACAAUCGGUUCUGACCUUGUAUGAAGAUGA